ACUUAAAGAAACAGAUAUGAGUUCUCUUAGAGACUCCAGUCUCAGUGAAAUAAAAUGUUGGUUAAGGUAAAGAAAUCAUUUCUUCGAAAUUAAAUAAGAGUAAGGUCAACAUUCUAAGAAAAUGUGUUUGAUUUCGAAGAAACUUUACUUGUGGGUUUAGGUAGAAUUGUGUUUAUAAAUGUUUUGAAAAAUCACAAGUGCGCCGGUCAACGACCGUCAGGUCGCUGAAAAAUCAAGCGCUGACGGCCACCACGACAGUGUUAAGUUUCCACUUAAAUAUCCGCCCGCUGAUGAAUUAGAUCGUCUCUCUCUCGUCGAGGUAGACGUGACAAUUUGCGGCGCAAACACAGGAUCGCUGGCGGUGCGAUGCCGCCGCGUCGCCGUCCCGCGGCGAGUCGCUUGCCGUGUACCAUGCGCGCAAUGUGAGUGCAAUAUUUCGACGUAACCGCGAAGGAUGUUCCCGGGUUUUCUGAAAAUGCUCUCCGCCGCGUGACCUCCCGGGAGGGCCGGCCCGAGGCCACGCGACGCAAGAGGGGAGAAUCGCGAUUUUCGCCCGGAUAAUUCCGAGAAAUGAGAGCCCCGUGGCCCGUCCUGAUUCUCGCCGUGAUCCUGGACCCGUUGUUGCUCCUAGGGGAGGCGGUAUGUCACCGUAAUGACACCGACUUAAGUGCCGCUGGCCAAAGGUCAGGAGAGACUUCGCUCCGACGUAGACGGGAGCUCACUUUUCCAAAGGGAAGCGCUUUCGUGGUGAGUCGGACGGCAGGGUGCUCGCGACGGGCGGCGAAAGGGGGUGGAGAGGGUCAUCUUUUGUUACGCUGGACUUUUAUGAGGGUGUCACCGCUUGCCCUGCGGAGGUCGAGAUCGGUUAAAUCAGUUAGAUGGGGUGGGUCUCCUCAUUUUGCUGCAAUUCUACUGCGCUUUUAUGAGGAAUCACCCCUGAAACGAACACGUCCUAUUAAAAUCGCAUUUAUUUGCGCGACCAUGACCCUGAGCCUUUUAAAGGCUAUUCAACUUAACGAGCCUAAGAACUGGAACUUGGAUCUGGAAUUCGAUACGAUAUGGCCUAUACCUAGCCAAGAAGACUUGAGGAAAGCUGUGAGCAGAAAACCGUUCAAACUAAAACGGCGACACAGACGCGAACUCUAUGCUAAUUUGGAAUUAGCGUUGAACAGUCAAAACUUGCCAGGACGAUUAUGCAUUCUGCGCACAAUUUGUGAGGCGGAAACCGUACUGGGUCCCCCUGGAUUUUCAAUUAUCGAGGAUGCCAUACGAAUUGUUUUAAGGAAUUUUGAAGAUGCUGAUAAUUACGACUGCUACGAUGCCGCGUAUCGAACGAAAAAUGACUGUGAGACUGUUUAUCCUUGUCCGUUUUCGCUGUUGAAGUUAUUGUUAUAUAAUUUAUAUACAGAGGGAACGUGAGAGAUAACCGAUUAAAAAAUCAGCUUGAUGCGAAACUCUGUAUAUAAAUUGUACAUCGUAAUCCAUUAGACGAUUCCAUAUUUAAUUAGCGUAGUUUUUGAUAUAAUGGAAAAAUCUGUGAUAUUCCCGAUAUUAUUGCACGAAUAAAUACUUAAAAUAUAUGCGUUCAAAGUCAUCGAUAAAAUACAAUAAAAUAAAUUGAAUCCGUAGAAAAACGAAUAAUUCAAUCCACGAACCAUUUCCGUGUAAUUUUUAAUUCUAUUUGAUAUCUUUCGUAGACAUUAUCGAGUAAUCAUCAAAUAAAAUAAUUGUCACAAGACACUAAUUUCGAAUGUGGGCCAAUUUUCCGUAAGUAUAUUUCUCUUUUGCGGUGCGAUAAGCCGCAAUUCUGGUCAAGCAGCUACCUAUUUCAAUUGAAAAUUUCAAAUUAUACCGCACAAAAAGUACAUAUAGCAUUACACUAGUGUAAUUAAGCAAAUGGCGAUUAUUAUUAUUACAC